UUCGCAAUCAGCUGAUUGUUGGGGCGGGAACAUUGGGUUUGCAUGUUUUCAUUGAUCUUUUUAAAUUGUUGUCAAUUGUGUUCACUCAUUUUUCAAGCAAUUUGUUUAAUUGGUUUUCUCAUAAUGGCAAAAAGUGCGGAAACAUUACAAGCAGUGCUAAACAAUUGUGACUGUAAAUUGGAAAGCAUAAUAACCCAAUUAGAAUCAACUGCCUUGACAACGACUAAUACAUUGGAUGAAUCAACUAUUCAGGACACACCUAAUCCAUUGCAACUCAUGUCUCAGAUUAAGGAAAUUCGUUCAAGAUUAUCUUCAGCCAAGAUGAGAUUCAGUGAACUUCAACAGAUCAAGAAUACGAUUAACAUUGAACUGGGAAAUAAAUUGGAAACUUUAAAAGGCCAAAUAACUUCAAUUGUUAGCUGAUUACAUUUAUUACUAUGAAGUUCCCGAAAUAAAGAGUUUGAAAUAAGA